AUGCUCACUGAAUUUUUCAAGAUGAAUUCAGUCGAUCCAAAUGCAAGGAAAUAUCUUUAUCGAGAAUUUCCUGAGCAUUACAGAUGGUUAACGAGUUCACGUGAAUGGCAGAAGAGAAAAAGUACACAACGAGUUAUGGGUCGAUUGUAUGUAGCUUCACCAUUGGAAGGAGAACGAUUUUAUUUGAGAAUGUUACUCAAUCAUGUGAGGGAGCGUACAUCGUUCGAACAUUUAAGAACGAUCAAUGGCGUCACACACCCUACAUUCAGGGCUGCAGCUGAAGCCCUCGGUCUAAUCGAGAAUGACGAAAGCAUUCGUCAAUGUCUUUUAGAAGCAUGUUCAGUACGAAUGCCAUCUGCAUUACGUCGGUUAUUUGCAACCAUAUUGGUAUAUUGUCAACCAACUGGAUUACGAGCACUCUGGGAUGAGUUUUUCCCUUACAUGGUUGAGGAUUAUCCAGCCUCAAACACAACAAGUAAUUAUGUUUUCCUCACUAACAAACUUUUGCAAGACAUAGAUAGGUUAUUAAGACCACUUAGAAAAAGGAUUUCUGACUACACAGAGUUGCCAAGCUUACCCGAAUGUACUGAUGACAUUGACGAGCUUCCUUCUAUCAUGGAAGAGUACUUUUCUGUUCCGGUUCCAGAUGAGGAUUUGGCAUGCGUUGGCACUCUCAAUAGUGACCAACAAGUUGCAUACGACACAAUAAUGAAUGCUGUCAUUUCAAAGGCUGGCUGUUCUUUCUUCGUCGAUGGUCCUGGGGGCACCGGAAAAACAUUUUUAUACAAAGCCCUUCUUGCUACUGUAAAAAGUAGAGGCGAAAUAGUUAUCCCCACUGCAACAUCUGGAAUUGCAGCAACGUUGUUGCACCAGGGAAGAACAUCACAUUCGACUUUUCAGCUCCCACUUAAUCCAGACAGCUCAUCAACUUGCUCAUUUACCAAACGUUCUAAAACUGCAAUUCUCCUAAAAAAUUCUGCUAUUAUCGUAUGGGAUGAGGCCCCAAUGACACACAGAUAUCAAUUUGAAGCUGUUGAUCGAUCACUCAAGGAUUUAAUGGGGAAUGACUUGCCGUUUGGGGGGAAAAUUAUUGUGUUCGGUGGUGAUUUCAGACAGGUUUUACCGGUGGUUCGAAAUGGAACUAGAGCUCAAAUGAUUGACGCAUCUUUUGUCAGGUCCCCUAUGUGGAGACACAUUCGUAUUUUGCGUUUGAGAGAAAAUAUGAGAUCAAUUGAUGAUAACGGCUUUGCUAAUUUCUUACUCUCUGUUGGGAACGGUAAUGAACCUACUGUUUCAGAUCAGAUGAUAAGGUUACCCACUGCCAUGAUUAUACCAACAGUGGCAGAUAGUUCGAUCGAGGCUUUGAUCGACCAGGUCUUUCCAAAUUUAAGUGAGCACGUUGGUGAUGGAAAUUUUAUAGUUGAAAGGGCGAUCACAACACCCCUGAACGAAGACGCUGAUAGAAUAAAUAAUAAGGUUGUCGAAAAGUUUCUCGGAGAAGGAAAAACGUAUUAUUCGUUUGAUUCUGUUCCUGAAGAUAAGAGAAAUUUGUAUCAACAAGAGUUUUUGAAUUCGAUUUCUGCGUCGGGAUUGCCUCCCCAUGCUCUCACCCUGAAACCUGGGGUACCCUUAAUGCUUUUGAGAAAUAUUGAUCCUAAACAUGGUCUUUGCAAUGGAACACGGUUGCUUUGCCAUUCAUUAAAGGACAAUUUCAUUGAUGCUGAGAUUUUAACCGGACAUUCUAGGGGGAACAGAGUGUUUUUGCCAAGAAUUCCCUUGAAAACUGCUGAAGAUAUUAAAUUGCCAUUCGAGAUGGUCAGAAAGCAAUUUCCUGUGAAGUUGAGUUUUGCCUUGACUAUCAACAAGUCUCAGGGACAAACUAUUCCACAUGUUGGGAUAUUCCUCCCUGAUCAUGUAUUUAGCCACGGCCAGCUAUAUGUGGCAUUAUCACGAGGAAUUUCAGAGAACACGACAAAGAUCGUGGUAGAAAAGGGAAAGGUUCAAGGUUGUGAAGGCAUAUUCACUAAAAAUAUUGUGUACAAAGAAGUUUUGUUGUCUUAUGAUUAG